ACAUGGCAUGAUGUGAGUGAAGAUUGUGUUGCCAAGUUACGGAUCCUUUUCCAACCGUUCCAUGUGGCACCUGUCUCAAAUACGAGCUUUGGAUAUAUGACAUCGCCCUCCCAACUACCAAAUAUAAGGCGUCAGACCUUUUCAUUGUCGGUUUCUGUGUGAGGCUGUAUAUCCCAAUUACUAGCUGAUAAUGCCGGCUGAAACUAGUAACCCAAAUACACGCGUGGCCAUUGUGGGUGUUGGCCAGGUCGGUUCUGCUGCAGCAUACGCUCUCAUCCUGGGCCGCGUUGCUGAUGAGCUGCUCCUUGUCGAUGUGAAGGCAGAGCUGAGAGACGCUCAAGUCCGAGACCUUGCGGAUGUGGCCUAUGGCAACAACAGCGGUAUACGUGUACGAGCGGCAACUUACCAAGAAGUCGGCCGAUGCGAUAUCGUGGUCAUUACUGCUGGGUCAAAACAUUCCAGAGGCGAAACCACUGUGCAGCAUUUAUACCACAAAAUCGCAAUCAUCCGGGGCAUAGUCGAUGAGGCGAGGCCCUUUCGCUCCGAUACAAUUCUACUAAUUGUGGCUAACCCUGUCGACCUGCUCACCUCCCUCGCGCAAGAGCUUUCCGGGCUUCCAAAAUCCCAGGUUCUGGGGUCCGGUACAUAUCUUGAUUCGGUCCGAAUUCGCGGACUCUUGGCAGAGAGGGCUGGGAUCGCAACUAGUUCUGUUGAUGCCCAGGUCGUAGGUGUGCACGGACCUUCGGAGGUAGUUGCAUGGUCCGGUGUGACUAUUGGGGGUGUCCCCAUCACACGAUGGUUCCCUCAAAACACAGACAUGCUCACUGAUGUUGCGAAUGAAUGCAAAGCUAAAUCGCAAACGAUUAUUCGGGCCAAAGGGGGAACACCGUUCGGAAUCGGCUCAGUAAUUUGUAGUAUUUGCUCUUCCAUCCUCUUGGAUAAGCGGGAUGUCUGCUGUAUCAGCCACUAUCUCUCCGAGUACAAGUGCUGCAUUAGCCUUCCUGUCGUGCUGGGUAGGGGAGGGGUCAUGAAAGCGAUUGAUAUGCAGCUGGAUCGUGAAGAAUGGGAGGACCUUAAUGAGACAGCGCAGGAAUUGAAGUGUACGAUGGAAAGAUUGAAGUCUGAUGAGUCACGGUGAUUUGAGCUCCACCAUCCAUGUAGGUAGCAAUAUGCGCCUUGUGCCGGGGUAAUCGAGAGUUGUUUUCGCAAUCGUGUCUCUAGGA